CAGCUGCACAACGAAAAACCAGGUAGAAUCUAUGAGUGUACAGCACAGCCACCCUUUGCUCGUACUCGUAGAUAUACACAGGUACCACUGCCAGUUAGUAUAAUCCAUCGCCAUUUGCCGGUCCAGAUAAUGCUGAGGGAUGGACGCAGUGAGAUCCAGGGUGAUUCGCAGGCCUCCGUCUUGGGCGUGCUUGGCUCACAAAUCCUUGGGAACACAGUCAUAGAAGCUCCCCAAAAAAUCACACCAACAUGCCAGCUAGAAGUCUCUCUCCGCGGCGACUGCCCCAAAGAUCUAGGUCCUUCGAUAUGAAGGGACUGCUGCACCGAUCUCUACCGGUAUCAUUCAGUAGCAAGCGAUCUAGUCCCAGCAUCAACGCAAAAGAUGAACAAAAUGUGUUUUGCGCAGAUAUCAUUUCCACAGAUUUUAUCAUUGACAAACUGAAGGAAGUCCGGAACAACGCACAAGUGCUGAAACUUGAAAUUGAAGAUCUCUUGACCAGUCCACAUGGUUCCGUGCUCUCCUUGAUUAAAGCUAUAGCCAUUUCAGGAAGCCGAGACUGGCAAUGGGUACGAUUCGUGGACACGGUUGACCCAUAUGAUUUUGCUAAAUACCAACAACAAAAGAAAGCUAUCAUGCAGGACUAUCAACGAUCCAUUGAUGAUACCUGCAAGUACCAAGGGAUCAUUUCCUUUGAUACCACUUUUCGAAUUGCUCAGGGAACGCCUUCUUCUGUGUUAUUGAACACUCUCCAAAGCCUUGACCAAGACCAAACAGUCACUAAAGUUACGUUCCAAGGCGAUCUCUUCGGGUUGGACGAAGCAAUGUUACCCUCUAUGUUAAAUCAGCGAAUUGAUCCUCUGUCUGGAGAAACUACAGGAGAAGUCAGCAUUGCUGUCAUUGCUGGUUGGACAGUCGCAACUGUUUUGGACUGGAAGAUGAUGUUAAGCGGGUGUAUUCAACAACUCCAGCGACCAAAGAACUCCGGGGAUGUCAUACCUCCCAUGAGGAGAGUGAGGACAGCCGAUGGGCAAUCAGCGCCUCGUAUGCAGAUGCCGAGGCGUCCUCGAUCACUCCGCAGACUAAAGUCAGCUGAAGACAACCCAGCUCCACGACGCUUGCGGCGGACUGGGUCCAUGCAAUUACUAAGGGAAGUUCGAAGGCACGGUGCAGUCGACGUGAGCUCACCCAGCCCCUUGCCAGAACGAAGACCUCGGAGAAGAAGACAGAUGCAUGUGGAACGCCGCGCAAAGAAAGCUACUAGCAAUCACGGGCCUACCAAGAAACCCGAAGGUCUAAUGAAGUCAGAACGCAGCAUGAGCAGCCCUCCACCAGCCACCAAGUCUUUGCCUCGGGAACUUCAGUCCUUUUCGCAGGACACUACUAACUCGUUCCGAGAAGAUCCAGACUACGACUGGGCAGCUGGAAUUUAUCUGAAUAGCCAUGUUUCCAAAGCAGCUUGAUCAAUCAAUCAAUCAAGUUGUUUGCAUAGAAGCAAUAAGAAAGAACUAGGUAUCAAAUGGAAUCAGAGCAUGUAUUCAUACUUUGCAUAGAGCUGUGGGGGACACAUCGCAGGAAAGAUCAACCAGAAUAAC